AUGAAGACGAACGUUGCGUGUGACGUAUGCGCAACGUCAAAGCAAGUGCGCAAGUCAUUUAAGACAAGUAAAGAAGACGCUGAAACCAGGGAGAGUUCGCGUUCCGACGUGGUGGUGUGCUCCGACGUUCUCGGACCUAUCAAGCCAGCGUCCAAGUCUGGUUUCAGUUACGCCGUAACCUUCAUCAUGAUGAAGAGCAGGUAUGUAACGGUCUAUCCGUUGCGAAGGAAGAGCGACGUUGCGAGUGCGUUCAAGCGGUUUUACCAAGAUAUCAAGAGAACAUCUGGAACGAAGAUAAAGGUGCUGCGAAGUGACUACGGCGGCGAAUACCGGAACGCAACGAUGAACAACUUUUGCAAGGCAAAGUUCAUCAAGCAAGAAUUUACGGUUCCGUACAACCCAGAGCAGAACGGGAUGGCGGAGCGGAUGAACCGCACGCUGGUGGAGAUGACGCGCUGCAUGCUCAAGGAAAGCGGCCUCGACAAGUCGUACUGGUGCGAGGCACUGAUGACAGCGGCAGACAUCAGAAACAUUCUGCCGAACGCGUCGAACAAGAACUCAAGCCCACACGAGAUGGUGUUCAAGAAGGCUCCGCGCAUCGAUCACAUGCGCGUGUUUGGUGCGCAAUGCUAUGCGCAUGUGGCGAAGGAGAAGAGGAAGAAGCUGGACGACUCAGGCGUGCGUUGCUUCUUUCUCGGCUAUGCGAAGGACCAAAAGGCGUAUCGGCUUCUUAACGCGGACGAUGGCUCGAUCGUGAUUUCAAGAAGCGUCACGUUCGCUGAGCAUUCUGUCUCGAAAUCAUCGAAAAGCAGAGACACGCGGGUCUUCGAUGUCAUUGAAGAAGAGGAAAGUGUGGAGGCGUCGCUAACCGAUGAUGAAGACAUACCAGCGCCGGUGACCGAAGAAGAGCUGCGCACCCCACCACUUCGAGCGCAGAACAGCUCUCAUCACGGACCAAGUGUUCGACCAAGCGACACCAUUCCUACGCGCGCAUCCAGCACACCCGGAAGAAAUGGAGAAGAAGAGUGGAUGGUGCGACCGGUUCGAAAGAAACGCGGCGUGGUUCGCUACGAACAAGAAUUUCCAAGCCAUCGUCGCGGUCACUUCAAUUUGGACGACUACGAAGGUGACUUCGACUCUUUCUACUGUUUCUCGGCUGAAGAAGAUGGGGAACAAGCGUCCAGCUAUCGAGAAGUGAUGAAGAGCGGCUACAAGGAGCAGUGGCUCCAGGCAAUGAAGAGUGAGAUGAAGUCGCUUGAAGAACACAGCACAUGGAAGCUAAUGGACAUGCCACCGGGCAAGAAGGCCGUUGGCUGCAAGUGGGUCUUCAAGAUUAAACGCGAUCCAAGUGGCGAGAUCAUCAAGUUCAAGGCACGCUUGGUUGCGAAAGGGUUCACGCAGCGUCCUGGCAUCGACUACAACGAGACCUUCGCACCAGUGGCGCGCAAGGAAUCUAUCAACACAGUGUUGGCGAUCGCUGCAGCCGAAGACCUGGAAGCAGAAAACGUUGAUGUCGACACAGCGUUUCUCUACGGCGAAGUGGAGGAGGAGAUCUACAUGGACCAACCUGACGGUUUUGAAGAUGAAGGAAGCCCGAAUAAGAAGUGUUUGCUGCAGAAGGCGCUAUACGGGACGAAGCAAGCGGCGCGGCAGUGGAACAACAAGUUGAGUCAGCACUUGGUUGAUCAAGGAUUCAAGAGCAGUACAGCGGACCCGUGUGUGUUCGUUCGAGUGACAAGAGAGGAGCACAGCAUCAUCGUGAUCUACGUGGACGACUUGAUGAUUUUCUGCAAGACGAAGGAGCACAUCGCAAGUAUCAAGAACUCAUUGAUGGAAGAUUUCAGCAUUAAAGAUCUUGGAGAUCUUAAGUACUGCCUCGGGAUCGAGAUUCAUCGCAAGCGCGAAGAUGGAACGAUCAAGAUGAACCAGAAGGCGUACAUCAAGCGACUUUCGGAGAAGUUCGGCGUUGAAAACUGCAAGGACGUGCACACGCCGGCGGACAGUAACUCGAAGCUGAUCAAGAUGGGUCAAGAGGAAGCGUUAGUACCAAAGUACCUAUACCGUGAGCUGGUGGGCGCUUUAAUGUACAUCGCCACAUGUACACGACCGGACAUUGCGCAUGCGGUUGACGAAGUUGCGAAGUUUUGCGAGCGCUACGACAAGUCGCAUUGGACAGCAGCAAAGCGGAUUCUCAAGUAUCCCAAGACUGUUAGCGAGUGA